AUGGCCCCAAGAUCCUCAAGGGGCAUAGCCCCAGGUCUGCUCUGUGGUCUGAGCCUCUUCCUUGGCUUCCCAGGCCUGGUCUGGGUCCAAAUUUCUGUGCCUCCUCAAUCUUCUCCCCACACUGAGCCCCAUCCGUGUCACACCUGCCGGGGACUGGUUGACAGCUUCAACAAGGGCCUGGAGAGAACCAUCCGGGACAACUUUGGAGGUGGAAACACUGCUUGGGAGGAAGAGAAGUUGUCCAAAUACAAAGACAGUGAGACCCGCCUGGUAGAGGUGCUUGAGGGCGUGUGUAGCAAGUCGGACUUCGAGUGCCACCGCCUGCUGGAGCUGAGUGAGGAGCUGGUGGAGAGCUGGUGGUUUCACAAGCAGCAGGAAGCCCCCGACCUCUUCCAGUGGCUCUGCUCAGAUUCCCUGAAGCUCUGCUGCCCCUCAGGCACCUUCGGGCCCUCCUGCCUUCCCUGUCCUGGGGGUGCGGAGCGGCCCUGCGGUGGCUACGGCCAUUGUGAAGGGGAAGGGACUCGAGGGGGCAGCGGACACUGUGACUGCCAAGCUGGCUACGGGGGUGAGGCCUGUGGCCAGUGCGGCCUCGGCUACUUUGAGGCGGAGCGCAACGCCAGCCAUCUGGUAUGUUCGGCUUGUUUUGGCCCCUGUGCCCGCUGCUCAGGACCCGAGGAGUCACACUGUUUGCAGUGCAAGAAGGGCUGGGCCCUGCAUCACCUCAAGUGUGUAGACAUUGAUGAAUGCGGCACGGAGCGAGCCAGCUGUGGAGCUGACCAGUUUUGUGUGAACACGGAGGGCUCCUACGAGUGCCGGGACUGUGCCAAGGCCUGCCUGGGCUGCAUGGGGGCGGGACCCGGCCGCUGUAAGAAGUGUAGCCCUGGCUACCAGCAGGUGGGCUCCAAGUGUCUCGAUGUGGACGAGUGCGAGACGGCGGUGUGCCCGGGAGAGAACCAGCAAUGUGAGAAUGCUGAGGGCAGUUACCGCUGCGUCUGUGCCGACGGCUACAAACAAAUGGAAGGCAUCUGUGUGAAGGAGCAGAUCCCAGAGUCAGCGGGCUUCUUCUCGGAGAUGACGGAGGACGAGCUGGUGGUGCUGCAGCAGAUGUUCUUUGGUGUCAUCAUCUGCGCACUGGCCACACUGGCCGCCAAGGGCGACUUGGUCUUUACCGCCAUCUUCAUUGGAGCUGUGGCAGCCAUGACUGGCUAUUGGUUGUCAGAGCGCAGUGACCGUGUGCUGGAGGGCUUCAUCAAGGGCAGAUAA